AUGUACAAAGAACUCGAGUCGAAAGACCCCAGGCUCUAUAAGAACAAUGGCAUUCUGAACAUGCUGGGCCGCAACCGGGACGUCAAAUGGGGCCCAGAGCGGUGGCAGGAUUGGCAGGUCGGCGUCCCUCGUCUCCAGCAUGCCAAGGACCGCGGCAGCGAGGGCACGGAGGCUGGCCUAGUAGAUGUUGUCAUCACCUGUGAGGAGCGCUGCUGGGACGCAGUCAUAGAUGACCUGCUGAACCGCGGCUCUCCGUUGAACCGACCCGUGCAUGUCAUCAACGUAGACAUCAAGGAUAACCAUGAGGAGGCUGCUGUCGGUGGACAGGGCAUCCUGGACCUGGCAACAUCGCUGAACAAAGCCGCGCAGGAAGAGCGAGACGCCAUUGGCGCAUCUGCCUUUGAUGCGGCGGGCGCCGCGAGCCGAUCAGGGUUCGACGAGAGGGUCCCCGAGAUCCUGGGAGAGUGGCAGGAGCGAUGGCCCAACCUGCCUGCUGUCUGGACAUUGGCUUGGUUUUGA